AUGUCAUACCCAGGGAGCUUAAGCCUAGCAGCCUCUUCGGACGCCUUUCAAACCUUUGCUCAAGCUAAAUACACUUUGGACCGGAAACUUGCAGAUUAUCAACCGAGUGGGCAUGAGGAUGAUACCGCAGAAUUUUUGCGGAUCUUUUUCAAGUACCUGCCACUGGAUGGACAGGUUAACCUGGCAGAGGACGUAGACAGAUGUCCUGACAGUGAAAUACUUCGGCAGCUGGCUAAAAGCCUUGAUGACGGCCUGCUACGACCUAUGCUAGCCCAUGGCGGAAUUACCCCCGCCAUAACUCCAUCUCCACGCUUUGGAAUCGAUGAUUCUAUUGACAACCUGGUCUCCGAGGAUGCCAGCUCCAUCACUAGAGCCGCUCAGAGCCGACUGCGCAAAAAUUGUCUUGCAAGAGAUGGGCAGAGAUGCGUUGUGUCCAACAUUUGGAACAAAAGUUACAAGGAACGUCCGACUGGCUCGAUCGAUGCUCCUUUGGAAGCGGUCCACAUUAUUCCAUUUGCCUUGGAUAAACUUCAAGAGGACAAUGAUGAUGAGCGAUUCAGACAUGCAGCGAUUUGGGUUAAUAUCUACCGAUACUUUCCUAGCCUUCGCUCCCAGACAAACUUUUUUUCGGAAGAUAUCAACAAAGAGAUGAACGUGAUGAUGAUGUGGUCCCCACUCCAUCAAGAGUUUGGGGAGUUCUAUUUUGUCUUUGAGGCUACUGAAACUUUGCACCGAUACCGCAUUAAAACAUUCCCAAGGCUGUCCAGCGUGCUCCUAAGGCAUCUACCUCCCGAUAGACUUGUCACUUUCACAAAUCAUGAUGAGAGAUAUUCCCUUCCAGACCCAAUUAUUCUUCAGAUUCAUUCAGCAAUUGGCAACAUCCUGCAUUUGACUGGGCGCGGGGAGAAGAUAGAGCUGUUAAAGCGAGAUCUCCGGGAUGCAGAUGGGCUUGCCAGCAAUGGGAGUACUCCAAUAGGAGAUCUUCUCUCAGUGAGCAGUCUAUCAUUACUGUUGUGCUCUGCCAACAACCAACCAGAUUCUAAGAAGCCCAAGAAGAAGCAGCCUCACGUUCCAGGUAUGAUGUUCAGCACUGGAAACAAAAGAUCGAGGGGAUUCAGCUUGAGUUUAAUUUCCCGCAAACCUGGCUCGAUGGCCAGCAAGGACAAGGAAUUGACCAGAUCCACAAAAAGAUGA